ACGGAGGUCAAGUGGUGGAACGACACUUGGCUCCAGGCAGGUCUCCCUCAUGCAUGAGUAACACGAAGAACUUUGGUGCCUUGUGUCUUGCUUUUUGCUGUGUAGCAAGUUGUCCUUAACGUUCCAGCGAAUAGGUUUAUGCUACAAACCUAUCAGCAAGAAAUGGUGCAGAAAGGCAGCACAAACUGCUGUGUAAUACAUCUUGAUAAAUAUAGACAAAAAGCAGAACUAGGUAGAGAGCUUGAUGCGCUUAAAGAACUCAUGUGUAGGUCACGUGGGUGACCUACACAUGAGGGCAUGUGCUAAGCACUUGCCCCAGUUCGGGUGUAGAACCAUAAAAGGAGAGAUGAAUUGAUAUGUAAGACCAAAAAAGGAAAAUAAGAAUGUUAAAGGAAGGAGGAGUUUUGAUCAAAACUGUGUAUGAAGGGUACACAGAGUACUAAAUAACAGGAGAAGUAGGCGCUGAUGAGGAACUUUGAAAGAGUAUAAAUAUAAUGUGUUUAUUUAAAUGCAGAUAGACUUCCCUUCGGAUCUGCAGAAGGCUUUUGCGCUGUGCACAUUCCCCAUGCACAUAGUGAAUAAAGAAGUUGUUGAACUGAAAGUCUGUCUCAAGUCGUGUGUUAUUCUACCAGGUCACAAUCCAACAAUCGGGGGGCGACAACUGGUUCGCAACAGAAGGCACUGAGUCUCUGGAUCACUGUUGCUCCAUGUCACACACCUUUGCAUACACCAGACCCCUUUGCUCAUGACGGGAAAUCUCUGCUACAGCCUCGUCCAACAGUAACUGCAAACUACACAAGGAUAAUGUUGCCCUGUUUAAAUUUUGCUGUGGUCCUCUGUGUCCUUCAAGUCCUCUGCAUCACCGCUGAUAUAGACACGAGUAGCUUCCUUAUUUUCAAUGAAGAUCACAACAAGUGCGUAAAGGUGGAGAAUGCCACCUUUAUAACAGUGGAUGCUUGUAAUCCUCAUGCCAAAGAUCAACAGUUCCGAUGGGUCUCUGAGUCUUGUCUCCUCAGUUUGUCCCUCAAGCUGUGUUUGGGUACUACAGCGAUAAAAGACUGGGUAAAGGUGCAGCUCGUGGAAUGUGAUGAGAGCAAUGACCUCCAGCAUUGGCAGUGUAAGAACGAUACCCUCUUUGGCCUAAAAGACCAGGACCUGCACUUAAACUGGGGCAACUACGAUGAGGAAAGUGUCAUGAUCUACAAAGGUUCUGGGAUCUGGAGUCGCUGGAGGAUAUAUGGCACUCAGGGGGACCUCU